CUGUGCGCAGAGAGAGCCCUGACUGCCAUGGUCGUCAAGCACUUGCCUCCUGUAGUCAAACGCCUCGUCACGCUGAGGAACCCAAACCUACCUCCUGCACCGCCGAUAUCCAAACUGAGCGCUGUUUUGCGAUCGACAUUCGACGAUGCCAGGACCAAGAAGGCGGAGACGGGAUGGCUAACGCUGACGACCUGCGCGCUGCUCACCGCGAACGUGCCGUCUAGUGUCGGGUACCUCUACAAGUUUGCGACGAGAGCUGAUCCCGAAGAUGCCGCGUCUCGUCGCAGUCUGCCCGACGCAGUGAAUAAGGCUGCAUUGAUGCGCGAAUCCGCACUCAAGAGCUGCAUCUUCGUCGGUGUGCCCCGGACGAUUCUCUCUCUUGCAGGCCUGCAGGAGGUGAUGGAGGGCGACGUAAAGGCCCAGCUGAGGACGGAAUCCAAGAGGUCGCCUACUCCUCAGAAUAUCGACGAGAUCACAGCCAGAGGCAGAGCUCUAUGGCAGUCCAUCUAUACGCCGCAUGACGUGAAGCUCUACAAUAAGCUGGGCUCGUACCACCCGGACUUCAUCGAGUUCAUCAUCACAGCAUACGGCUCGGUGCUCGCCCCUUUCCCCGGCGGGCCUGGUGAACAAGGGAACCUGAGCCGCGCACUGGGCUCGGUCGUCGGCACGGCUUGCUUACGCGCAGAGGAGCAGGUCGGUCCUCAGCUGAUCAGCCACGUCUUUGGCCUGCUGAAGGCGCGCGACAUCGAAGGCCUUAGCGAGGAGGACUACUGGCUUGCCACCGACGAGGGCACUGAAUGGGUCAUCCGCACUACGGACGCCAUCCUCGACGUCGUCAAGCCGGAGCAGAGCGAGAAGCCGGCAGCGAGGCUCUAGUCACCGCGUACACGUUGCUUGCACCUCCAACGCCGUCAUCGGCCGCUUCUAUAUGGUCGUACUCAGCGGCUGCCUCGCGGCCGGCUAGUUCCUUCGCGUUCCUUUGUCCUCCGGCGUUCACAGUUUGUCUGGGCGGCGGAAACCAGAGUUGCGAAUAGAUAUGCGAUGGCGACGUGAGAGGUACAGUACACAGGUGCGAGAAAGCAGGUGCAGACACGAAAACAGCGAUAGGUUACAUUUUAAGUCAAGAGAUUGCCGAGAACCACAAGGAGUCUAUUUCAUAGGCCGAACGUGAUUACGAAGCGAUAAAGCAUCGCCGUCACGGUCACCGUGUCCAUGAGGGGUGGGUGCAUCACCACGCCUGCGCCUGCACUUCGGCAGAAAUGCAGCUCCCCGUAGACGUCGCCAAUGUUAUACCGCACUGGCCUUAUUGGCCGGUAGAACGCAAUGACGUUGCCAUUCUGGUCCUGCAGACAGAUGUCGUUUGCGGUGUUGUUAGUGGGCUUCCAGGCGUACAGGUAGCCAUCCGGGCCGUUGAAUAUUCGGGUCUCAGGGACGCCAGGAUCUUUGCGGACGAGGUCCGCCAUAGGAAACGUGCUCUUGCCAAUCACCGCACGCCCAAGACCGCCGUUGGGGGCCCACUCCAGUUUCGCUACACGAUCCUCCUUGUUGGUACGAAUCGCUUUCCAAAGCGUCGUGACAUUGACGCCGUGAGCGUUUAGUUCUGUCGAAAAACGGUAGAGUACACCAUAGCUGCUGAACAAUGUGCUAUUGCGGGGAUCUUGAGAAGUCCAGGAGAGCACUUCGUUUGGAGCAGCCAUAUCGUUUUAAAGCGUGUGUUUGUGGGUGCUGGAUUGAAGAGGAC